AUGAGCCCGACGUGCGUGCCCACCUGUGCCUUUGCCGCCAGCCCUGGUGCCAGCAGCGCCGUUGCCGCUGCCGACGGCGCACGGAGUUGCAGAGUCGGUCACAGUUUGGUCAGCCAGCGCCCUCAGGAAAGCCUGGGCCCCGAACAGAGGCAGAAAGUAUUGGUGUCCCUGACAGAGAGGGCUGUGAGACCUAGCGAGCUUGGAUGCGUCACAGAGGUGGAUCCCACGGCGCUGCAGGCUCCGACCGCCGCUUCGGAGCCUCGCGGCGACGAACCGGGCGCCGUCGCAGAAGCCAGCAGUCGCGGACAGAACUGCUUCGCGCCUCUGCCAGCCGCCUCGCAGAAGACUGCGCUCGUCGCUACCUUAACCGCUUCUCCCGUCGCCAACAACGGGAGCCCUCCGGCGGCUGGCUUAGCCGCAUCUUCCGCCGCCAAAAACGAAAACCCUCCAACAACUAUCGCCGAGAGCGUCAGCGACAGCCCUGGCGUGGCCAGUCAACGCUCGCCAGGAAGCCCUGUGUCUCCGCAGAGGCAGAGAGUCUUCGUGUCCCUAGUCGAGGGCGCCCUGAGGCCAAGCGAGCUCAGCGGAGACGCAGUGGUGGAGCCCACGACGCUUCAGGCGCCAGCCGCCUCUUCGCAGACUUGCGGCGACGAACGUGGCGCUGGUGCAGAAGCUGGUCAGCGCGGGGAGAAUGACCUCGCGAGAGAUAGCCCGGCGGCGGUUGGUGCCCAGAGCUUCAGCGACAGCCCUGGCGUGGCCAGCCAGCGCUCGCAGGGGAGCCCCAGCUCUCCGCAGAGGCAGAGAGUCUUCAUGUCCCUGGUCGAGGGCGCCUUGAGGCCAAGCAAGCCGAGAGGAGGCGCAGUGAUGGAUCCCACGACGCGGCAGACACCGACCGCCGCCUUGGAGCCUUGCGGAGAGGAACCUGGUGCUGACGCAGACGCUGGUCGGCGUGGGCAGCACGAUCUCGCCUUGGACAGCCCGGCAGCGGCUGGCGCCCAGGGCUUCAGCGACAGCCCUGGUGUGGCCAGCCAGCGCUCGCAGGGGAGCCCCAGCUCUCCGCAGAGCCAGAGUGCCUUCGUGUCUCUGGUCGAGGGUGCCCUGAGGCCAGGCGGGUCGGGCACGAAACCUGGCAGCCCCUGA